AUGGGGCGCGGCCGUGCCAAGAGGCGCCCUCCGGCCCCCUCCUCCUCCUCAUCGUCCGACGACGAGCUCGUUCUGCCGGAGACGGAGGAGGACGACGUGGACGAGUCGGCGGAGCUCAUGCUGCUGCCGGUGGGCGCGGAGGUGGAGGUGCGCAGCGACGACCCGGGCUUCGCCGGCUCCUUCUACGAGGCCACCGUCGCCGGCCACCUGCCCUCCGGCGGCUACACGGUGGCCUACGCCACGCUCCUGGCCGACGACGGGGACGACGAGCCGCUCAGGGAGACCGCGGCCGCCGCCAACGUGCGGCCGCGUCCACCACCGCACGAGGCGGGGAGGGGGUUCGCGGUCCACGAGAUGGUGGAGGCGUUCCACAACGACGGUUGGUGGGCCGGCGUGGUCUCCGCCGUCCUCCCGUCGCCGGUGAUUGCCGGGGAUCGCCGAGCAUCCUACAGGGUCGCGUUCCCCACGUCGCGGGAGACGCUCGAGUUCGUGGAGACGGAUCUGCGGCCGCAGCGCGUGUUCGAGGACGGCCGGUGGGUCCCGGCUGCAGAGGUGGACGAUGGAACUCCUUUGUUUGGUGAGGGAAACCAAGUUGAAGUUAGUGGAAAAUCCGUCGGCGCAUCCUGGAGUCCAGCUACUGUUCUUAAAGUCAUUGGUGUUACACAUUUUCUAGUACAGUACAUGCAUACCGAAAAUGACGGGGAAUUGGCCACUGAGAUUGUAGAUUCUCAAGACAUUCGGCCAGCACGCACCGUCACCCGUAUGGGCUCCAAGUACAGAUUUUAUCCUUCUUCUCAUGUUGAGGUCCAUCAUGAGGGUAGCUGGUGGCCUGGUGUUAUUGUUGAGGUUUUAGAUAGUGGACUCAACAAGAAGUAUAUUGUAAAGUUGAAGAAUCAAGAGGCGGACAUGGAGGACUUGGAACCUGUGGAUGUUUUGACGGUUGAAAAUGCGCAACUCAGGACACGGUUUGACUGGGACGGUAAAAAAUGGGUACGCUUCGUGAAAGAGGAAUCUUCUAAUGAACCUCGAUUAACCUCACGGAAAAGGCUAGUUCCCGCCUUGUAUGAUGACUCCGAUGAAAUCAGCAAUGAAACUGAUUCUCGUCGUGACAAAAAGUUGAAGAAUGAAGAUUUGGUAUCAGGACAAACUUCCCCUCUUCCUUUGUCCAUUUGCAAUGCGGGCAAUGAAAUUACUCAUUAUCAAGGAAAUGCAGUAUUGGCAUUGCGGUCUGAGCUAUCACUUCCUUCACUGCCACCAAUGACAGCAUUUAACCAGCUGAGUUCAUCUUCACUUGCUCCAAGCUGUCAUCUGGAACAAUCAUCUUCUCAGAGUAUUAUCAUACCCUCUACACCACAAAGUCGGCAGUUACGGGCUUUGUUGUUUGGAGCGUUUGGACAACAAAGACCUGACCCACUGUACCGACUAUUAGGAACGCGUUCUCUUAACGCAUGUUUUCAGAGUAUUGAAGGGCCAAAAGGAGCAUUAAGCGAUCAGGAUGAGCAGUCAACUGUGGGAACUAGGACUGAACUGUCGAAACAAAUAGAGGAAUGUGUUUCUUGUCAAACAGCAAUCAACCCUGAAACUACAAUGAGAGGGAUAACUGCUAAAGCAAUCCAGGAAGACAACAAGGUUAUCUCUGUCUCUACGGACUUGGCUGAACUUCCUAAGGAUAUGACUGCUGGAUGUGAAAUACUUCCAAAAAUAAAUACGGCGAGCUGUAUGGACUCGACGCCACAAAAUGGCAUCAGAGGUUCAGAAGACCGUAGUGGAAUAGAGUAUCUUAAGCAAGGGGGCUACACUGGUGAAACUAGCGUUGAGCAGGACAUGACUGGUGGAGAAUUAUAUCAGAGGUAUUUGGUUACGGCUGAUAAUGCCAGCGUUCCUUUGUUGCCUUCAGCAGAGAGCUGUGAAGCUAAUGUGCAUGACAACCAGCUCUGGAAGGACAACACAGCAGCUGCAGUGGACUGUGUUACUUGUUAUGCAGCUACUUUAGAUGACGUUGUACCGAAUUUGCUACCAUUAGAUGGGGAUUUGGAGGUCAAUAUAACUGAAGAUAUGGAUGAGGAAAACCAUCAAGGGAAUGUGGUUGGAUUAGCCAGAAAUGGGCAUGAUAAUCAAUGUGCUAGUGCUGACUGUCAAUUCUCAGCCACAUCUUUAACCGCACUCGAGAAUGACAUGAUUACCAAUGAAAGUCCAAGCAGGAAGUUCUUAGGCAGUAGCCAAUCCGUCGAGAAGUCAACGGUAACUCGGUUGUCUCCUUUUGGUAUGAGCAAUUAUAGUGUGACAGAACCUUUCGAUCAUAGCUUGGCCAUGACAAAUGGUGUGGAGGGUACACCAGUAUCCAGGUAUGUUGCAGCCAGAACAAGUGAUUCUGUCUUUCCCUUGUCGCUGGAAUCGGUAGCUGUGCACGAGAGUACCAUAAGCAUGAAUGGCCGGCUUUCCGGAUCCUUGGCAGUCCAGCAUCUUCCAUUUAAGAAGACCUCCCGAAUGUGGGCACAUCUGGAGGCACUGGAAAUAUUUAGGAAAGCGCCACAGCGGCCGCAUUUUCGUCAGUUUGAGGAGUAUUGUCCAGAGCUCCGUGAAGGAAUGGCAUUAGGUUUGAUGUACUCUUUUGCCAGUUUAUCAGAAAGCAUAAACAUGCUGGAUGUUCAGGGUGACAAAAAACUGCUGGAACAGAAGAUGAAGAGCCUCGCUUUACUCGAGGAGAAUGGUUUCAAUGUCAGGGACCUGAGAUUACGCAUCGAAAUCCUACUCGCCACAAGUAAUAGUUGCGUCGAAAAACUGGAGGAGAAGAUUGCUAACAUAGAAACCUACGACCAGGAACUCCGCACGCAAGUUUGCGCGCUAGCUAUGACUGUCGAUCGUCUCAAUCUGCACGCCUAUCUCAUGCGCAACAUGAUGCGGUCUGCCAUCUCGCAGAAGAUGAGUAAUGCCAUGAAGAUCUCAAGGCUCAAGGCAGAAGCAAACGAUCUCGAGAGAUCGUAUCUUUCCAACGCCGUGCCACGAUGAAUUUGGCCUAUGAUGGAAGCAUGUCAACAGGCUUGUGAAUAGGUAGUUAACAAUAUGGUAAGUGGUGGUGAAUAUGUAGAUAGUUCGUGAUGCUAUCCUGCAGCUUGCCGCGACGGGCAGUUUUUUGUGCAAGUUGUUGCUCUGGUGGUGGUAUGUGACAGCCAUCUGUGACAUACAUGGUCUUUUGUGCAAGUUGUUGCUCUGGUGGUGGUAUGUGACAGCCAUCUGUGACAUACUACCAUGUAAGCUGAACCAGUGCUCUAUAUGCGGGAGCUACUGAAGUUACGUGUGCUGUUCUGUUCCGUUA